AUGCAUCUGCUUCUGAAAACUCACCCUUCCAAGUUCUAUUUGCUCAAGCAGCCAAGCUGCUAGCCAGCUCCCUCUAUUCUCCUACACUUGACGGCCGCGAAAAACCUUACGUGGCCGGCAAUGGUGGGGGCUAAGAUACCCACGAUGCUUUGGGUUCUUGGUGUGGUCUUCACGUUUGGAGCUGCUGCAGUUGGCCUGGCUGAGGCCAACAACGUCCACGAUUUCAUUAUCAAGGAGGCUAACUACCCAAGGCUCUGCCAGAACAAGAAAAUCCUCACCGUCAAUGGCCAGUUCCCCGGCCCGACCAUCACAGCGCGAAGGGGCGAUGUCGUCAUCGUCAACGUCAUCAACCAAGGCAACAAAAACAUCACCAUUCACUGGCAUGGCGUGGACCAGCCGCGGAACCCAUGGUACGACGGGCCGGAAUUCAUAACACAAUGUCCAAUCCAGCCUGGCACCAAUUUCACCUACCGGAUCCUCUUGUCCGAAGAGGAGGGCACGAUCUGGUGGCACGCACAUAGUGACUUCGAUCGUGCCAGUGUCCAUGGCGCCUUCGUCAUCCACCCCAAGAAUGGCACCUAUUACCCCUUCAAGAUGCCACACGAGGAGAUACCCAUCAUACUCGGUGAGUGGUGGAAGACUGACGUGACCCAUCUGCUCGAGGAAUCCAAGCGGACCGGCGGCGAGGUUAAUCUUUCGGAUGCGAACAUCAUCAACGGCCAGCCGGGAGACUUUUACCCGUGCUCCCAGAGCAACAUUUUCAAGCUGCCCGUGCAAACCGGCAAGACUUACUUGCUCCGGAUCAUCAACGCUGGACUCACCAAUGAUCUCUUCUACGGCAUUGCCGGUCACCUUCUCACCAUUGUAGGUACUGAUGGCCGCUACACAAAGCCGUUCACCGUCAAGCAUAUCAUGAUCUCGCCUGGACAGACCAUGGACGCGCUACUCGAGGCCGACCGUGCUAUCAAUGGUUCAUCCAACGGGCGGUACUACAUGGCUGCACACACGUUCGCGUCCAACCCCAAUCUCACCUUCACCAACAGCACCGCCACAGCCAUUCUGGAUUACGUAGACGCGCCUCCCGCCAAGCGCGCGGGGCCACCUGACUUCCCCAACCUUCCCAACUUCUUCGACAUGAAGGCUGCAACGGAGUACACGGCGCAACUUCGGUCAUUGGCAAGCAAGGACCACCCGGUGGACGUGCCGAUGAAAGUUGAUGUGCCCAUGCUCAUCACCAUCGCUGUCAAUGUGCUUCCCUGUGCAUCAAAUGAGACGUGUGAAGCGCCUGAUAACACCCGUUUGGCAGCGAGCCUCAACAAUGUCAGCUUCCAGAACCCCUCCAUCGACAUCUUGGAUGCCUACGCCCAAUCUCAGAACGGUGUGUACGAGGUAAACUUCCCCGACAAGCCGCCUUUCUUCUUCAACUUCACAGACACCAAUGUCCCAAAGGAGCUCGAGGUCACAAAGGUCGGCACCAAGGUGAAGAUGCUGAAUUACGGCGAAGUUGUGGAGGUGGUGUUCCAAGACACGGCCAUCAACGGCGCCGAGACUCACCCCAUGCACUUGCAUGGGUUUGCCUUCUAUGUGGUAGGGAGAGGGUUUGGAAACUAUGAUGCGAAAAAGGAUCCGGCCACAUACAACUUGAUUGACCCACCAUACCAGAACACGGUCACUGUGCCGAAGGCUGGCUGGACUGCAAUCCGUUGGCGGGCAUCAAAUCCUGGUGUGUGGUUCAUGCAUUGCCACUUCGAUCGCCAUACGGUGUGGGGAAUGAACACUGUGUUCAUCGUGAGGGAUGGCAAGAAGGACGACGAAAAAAUGUUCAGUCGCCCUGCAAACAUGCCUAGGUGCUAACUACCGUGAUCACAUCGAGCAUGGAAUCUCCAUGGAGCACAAUCCAUAAAAUACAUCGUCGUCAUCAAUCAGUUUAUUUGUUGAAGUAAUUCCAUUGCGUUUUAUCAUAGGUGUUUAAUAAAUGUGUCAAUUGAGAUCCUAGUAAGUAGUGAGUAUUCCUUUUUUUUUCCCAUUCGGCUGGAAGAGAAAAGAUCUCUUUUCAUUACAUGAUGUAAGACUUACGUGUUUGAAUUGUUUGUUAUUUGUGUUAUUCAAUCAUUCUAUUAAUGCAA